AUGUCAAACAAGGUCUCAUUUGGUGAUAUAUGCGAUUUCAUUGACUUAGAGGAAGAUCCCUUGCCUCUGCUGAAUAACGAUCAAAAUUACGUCGCAAUCGUAAACGGACAAGGUGAAUUAGCUGGAAUUGAAUCAGUAGAGGACAAGAAAAGUCGUGAAUCAAGGGUCAAACGUAUUGCGCAGGAAAUUGAGGUUCUCCUUAAGUAUCGAUUUCACUGGGAAGAUGACGUUCCUCUAGGCUUCAAACCUUCCAAAGGCAAGUUCAAGUGGAGCUGGGAUAAAAGCUGGGCUUUCUACUAUGAAAGGUUUGUAAGGUUAAAAGAGCACUGUAACCGCAAUUUCGAGCUUGAAGAUAAUGUUGCGCCAAUGACACUGUGGUUAACUCAUCUGUGGUUUACCGCCAAACACGCAGGACGAUGUCACGUCUUAGGUGUUACCUUGAGAAUUGCUCCUAAAAAUCCUGCCCGAGUCAGCUUUGGUAAACGUCGACAUCACCUAACGAUGUCGACCGGAUGGAGCAAUGCGGUACCUCAAGCUCUUGCCGACUUCGACGAAGCACAAGCAAACAUCGUUCCAGAGUCAUGGGCUGCCAAUUUGCUUCGAGGAAACAAGCCGAGAGAGCAUAUCGAGGAGGUCGUCAAGCGAUGGGCAGGUCUGCGAUUAGCCGAUGGUUAUGGAGGGCAACUCACAGGAGAUUUCACCGGGCUGAGGAUGGAUGAUAACGUUGUUCCCGUCGUUUCUGCUCCCAAUCCUGAAGUCUCUUCCGUCGUAGAUAAGCAUACGCCACCGGCUGAAUCUGCACAGCUUACACUUGAGGUGGAUACUGAUGCUAAAGCUCGUGAAGAGUUGCUCCAAGAACUUCUGUUACUUGGCAAUUUGUUCAGUAUCAAGCCUGAACCUGGCGAUAUUCGAGAGCUCCUCACCAAGGCCAUAUCGACUAGACCAGGAUCGACGGUGUGGCAAAAUUUGUUACAGGCCGCUAUGUCUGCUACCAGCCAGCCUUACGAUCCUAAUUUGUGGGCAGUCGAAGGACAGGACAAUUAA